AUGGCCAGACGGCAAGGCCAGUCUCCCGCGUCCGAUCUCCCACCCACGCCUCCGCACGCUGAUGACCGUUACCGCGUUAGAGCGGCAUCCACGGCGGCCCUCGCGGCAUCGUGCUCCGAGCCCGCGUCUUCUCAUCCCUCUUCCUCUGUCUCGCCACCCCAAGAAACGUCGCUUCUCGAAACCGCGUCAUGUGAACCUUCUUGCCGUGUCUCGGCUCUCAUACUAGUGCUUCGUGACGAGAUGGACAAUAGAUCAUUCAUUGCCUCGUCGCUCCGGCGAGAAGCAUCACCCCAUGAUGAAACGGUGCUGCAAGCCGCAUCAUAUUCUAAGGAACAAUCCUCCUCGGAAGCUUUGAGCCCCGGGAAACCAGCCUGGUGGGGUUGCUGUCGAUCGCGCAUCGACUCCGAGACCCGAGUCCGCCGAGUCGCGAGCCACGUAGGCGCCUCGGAGCUGAGAGAUGGGUUGGGAGCGGAAGGAACUGAGAGUACGCGCGAGCAGCGGAGCGAUGAUCCGCGCGAGCAGCGGAGGGGGAGUGAGGAUAUGGAAUGGACUGAUGGUGUGGGAAUGGUCGUCGAGCGGGCUUGGAGUCGCAGAAGGGAGUCGCUAGUCGUCGCAGAUGCGUCGUCGCUGGAUACCGUCGCAGGGUCGCCUCGCAGCGGUCAUGCGAUCGUCGCAGAGUCGCACGACGGUACGACGGUAGGAUCACCGUCGUCAUGCCGACGUGGUGUUCGCAGCUCGUUUCAUCAGCCGUCCAGACAUGAAACUGCCUCCCAACUCGCCGUUUCACCUUCAACUUCCCAAGUCCCCAUUCGCCGAUUGCAACGACACCUGGCGCCGCCGUACGGAGGGAUGUACGGAUCCUGCGCUUCCAUCCUCGCUAUAAUCUGCCUCGUUAACCUCGUCUCGUGCUCGUCCGCGCGGUCCUCCGCGGUCGCCGCGAAAGCCGCCCCACCGCCGGCGAACCAGCCGAGCGUUCUUCCGGCCUCGUGCUUCUUCGCGCUCCAGGCGUGCGAUUUCGCCUUCAACAACUCGCUGGGCUUCGUGCCGCUCUUCGCGCUCUCUGUCAUGCAGCCCGACGUGCCCUUCACGCAGGGCAUCAUGCACAGCAAGCGAUCAGCGCCGGCAAUAUCGGGAAAGCUCAAGCCGCAGUGCAAAGCUGUGAGCGUCUGGAAGUUCAAAGGACUCAAGUGCCCGCCUCUCGCAAUAGUCCCCCCUUCCAGCUCUUCGACCCCAAGCAUUCGCUUUGCAGCUAAAGGACAAGUGUCAGGAACUGGUUACAGCGGGGCAUGCUUCACCAUGAGUUUCUCGCAAUUAUUGGUGAAGCUUGGGAGCGGCCCAAAGGGUAUUCUUAGAUUGACAUCAGGGGAUGGCAAUACACAAUUUCCAGAGAACCGAAGAUGUGUUGGAGGACCCGAGCACGGGCAGCACGGGCAGCAGCAGAACGGGCAGUUUGCGCAGCAAACGUGGGAGCACGGGCAGCAGCAAAACGGGCAGUUUGCGCAGCAAACGUGGGAGCACGGGCAGCAGCAGAACGGGCAGUUUGCGCAGCAAACGUGGGAGGACGGGCAGCAGCAAAACGGGCAGUUUGCACAGCAAACGUGGGAGCACGGGCAGCAGCAGAACGGGCAGUUCGCGCAGCAAACGUGGGAGGACGGGCAGCAGCAAAACGGGCAGUUUGUACAGCAAACGCACGAGUUUGGGCAGCAGCAGAACGGGCAGUUUGUGCAGCAAACGUGGGAGCACGUUCAGCAGCAAAACGGGCAGUUCGCGCAGCAAACACGCGAGUUCGGGCAGCAGCAGAACGGACAGGUUGCGCAGCAAAUGCACGAGCUCGGGCAGCAGCAGAACAGGCAGUUUGUGCAGCAAGCGUUCGAGCAUGCGCCUGAGAGAAGGGAGACGAGGGCCAGGAUGGUUCAGGCGUGGGACUGGGAUGGUGUGGAGGCUCGAGGGGUAGAGGCGGGGAAGGUUGUGAAGGCUGAGCCGGAAGAAGGGGAGCUAGUCCCUUGCUCGACUGCUAUUCCUUCGAAUGAUGAUCUUUGCCCUGUCAGCGUUUCGCCUGGUAACACUCUGCGUGGAAACAUAUCGUAUGCAGUGCCAGGCAGAAAUUUUCCUGACUGGGAUGCUGCAGGAAACGGGGUUGGGGGAAGGAGAGUUGUGAGCUAUGGGGACAUUGAGGCGGAAACAAGGGGGGAGGAAGUGCCUGGUUUGGUGAGUAAAGCUUCGCCUGGUUACCCUUUGCCUGCUGCCGCAAACGCUAUUCAGAGGAGAGCUGUGAGCUAUGGGGACAUUGAGGCGGAAGCAAUUGGGGAGGAGGUGCCUGGCUUGGCGAGUAACGGUUGGCUUGGUCACCCUUCGCCGGCUGCAGUGAACGCCAUCCCGAGAAGGAGAGCUGUGAGCUAUGGGGGCAUUGGGGCGGAAGCAAUGGGGGAGGAGGUGCCUGGCUUGGCGAGAAAUGGUUGGCCUGGUAACCCUUCGCCGGCUGCCGAGGACGGCUUUCAGGGAAGGAGAGUUGUGAGCUAUGCUGAUGUUGGCAUGGAUGAUAGGGUGGAGGCUUCUGCUUAUGUGAACCUUGCCCCCUCUGCCGGUGCUGCUGGUGCUGCUGCUGGUGCCGGUGCUGCUCCUGCUGUUGCUGCUCCUGCUGGUGCUGCCUCUGCUGCUGCUGCUGGUGGUGCCUCUGCUGCUUCUGCUGCUGCUGCUGCUUCUGCUGCCAACAGUGUGGCACGCAUACCAUCACAACUUGCCAUGCCAUCAACUGCCAGUGCUGGCCUUGCUCCUACACAUCUCCCCUCAGCCACUCUCUCUGCUUCACAUCUCCCCACAGCCACUCUCUCUGCCCCACGCCGCCCCUUAACCAGUCUCUCCGCCCUGCUUCGGAGAUUCCUAGGAGACGAAGGGGCUGCAAAGCCAACCCAGGAGCCGACGGUGGGAGCGAGAGGGGCUUUGGAGUUGACUCGCGAAUCAGGGGCCGGUGAAGCAGCAGUUGGUUCCAUUUCAAGGGCAGGUGAAACAGCAGUUGGUCCGAACUCAGGGGCAGGUGAAGCUGCAGUUGGUUUCAAUUCAAGGGCAGGAGAAACAGCAGGUGGUUUCAAGUCAAGGGCAGGUGAAGCAGCAGAGGGAUCAGGUCACACGCCUGUGGGCCGUGAAGCGGCGGUGGAAUUGGAGGAAGGGGAGAUUGGAGGAGAGGAGGGGGAGGUUGGGGAGGAGCAGGGUGAGGAGAUAUGGAGACAGGUGGGUCAAACAGAGGCGAGGGGAAGAGAUGGGGGGGGCGAGAGAACAGCGGUGGGUCAAACAGAGGCGAGGGGACGAAGUGGGGAGAUUGAGGAAGUGAGGAGGCGAGCAUUGGGAGAGUCAGAGGGGAGAGGGAGAGGUGGGGAAGGUGAGAAGGCAAGCACGCGAGUGGUGGAACAGACCGAGGCGAGCGCAAGGUGUGGGGAGGGCGAGGAAGCGAGAAGGCGAAUGGUGGAACGGACAGAGGGGAGAGGGAGAGUAGGGGAGGGUGAGGAAUUGCGGAGAGGAGAGAAGAGUGUGGAGGUGCUGGGUGCGGUGGGGGAGAGUAGAGUAGUGAGGAGAGGAGCGGAUGGGGAUGUGAGGAGGAGAGGUGGGGAUGAGGAAAUGCCUGGCCCAGAUGCUGAUGUGGGCCAUGCUGCCAGUGGCCGAGAUGCUGAUGUGGACCCUGCUGCCAGUGGCCCAGAUGCUGAUGUGGACCCUGCUUCCAGUGGCCCAGAUGCUGAUGUGGACCCUGCUUCCAGUGGCCCAGAUGCUGAUGUGGACCCUGCUUCUGCUGGCGAGCGUGCCACUGGUGCCCCUUGUGUUCCAUCGCAGCAGCCGGAAAGUCUGCUACAGCAGGAGGGUUCUCUACAGCAAGAGAGGCAAGCAGAGCCGGACAUCCAGCUGGAGUCGGAAAGUCAACUGCAGUCCGCGAGUCUGUUGCAGCCGGAGGGUUCGCUACAGCCGGAGGGUUCGCUACAGCCGGAGGGUUUGUUACAGCCGGAGGGUUCGCUACAGCUGGAGGGUUUGCUACAGCCUGCUGCCCUUGAACCGACGAAGCCCACACCUCAGCAGAAGAAGCCUGUGACCUUCAAGCUCGCUCUGUCCAAAAAGUCGGCUGGUAAAGAUGUGGGAAAACGAGCUGGGGGUGGAUCGGAGAAGGCAGGGAUUCCGAAGGGGCUUGAAGCCAAGGCUGCAGCGGUGGCCAAGGGGACUGGCUCAGAAGGUGCAGCGGCAACAGUGGAGGGGGCAGUGGGUAAGGGGACUGAUCUAGGGGUUGCAGCCGUAGCAGCGGAGGGGGCAGUGGGUAAGGGGACUGGGCACAAGGGUGCAGCGGCAGCAGUGGAGGGGGCAGUUGGUAAGGGGACUGGGAAAGAGGGGGCAGCGGCAGCAGUGGAAGGGGCAGUGGGUGAGGGGACUGGGCAAGAGGGUGCAGCGGCAGCAGCGGAAAGGGCAGUGGGUAAGGGGACCGAUCUAGGGGUUGCAGCUGUAGCAGCGGAGGGGGCAGUGGGUAAGGGGACUGGGCAAGAGGGUGCAGCAGCAGCAGUGGAGGGGGCAGUGGGUAAGGGGACUGGGGAAGGCGGUGCGGCAGCAGUGGAGGGGGGUCAAGAGAAGUCCGUAACAGGGGAGGAGAGUCGACAAAUUUCUGUACCAGGAGAGGGGGGUUUACAAACGGCUGUAGCAGGGGAGGGGGGUCAACAAAAGGAUGUAGCAGGGGAGGAGGGUCAACAAACGGCUGUAGCAGCGGAGGAAGAGAGUCAACAGAAGGCUGUAGCCGGGGAGGAGAUUCAGCCACAGUUUAUAGCAGUGGAGGAGAGUCAACUCAAUUCUGCAGCAGCAGCGGAGGAGAGUCAACAGAAGUCUGUAGCAGGGGAAGGGAGUCAACAAAAGGCUGUGGUUGAGGAGGAGAGUCAGCAAAAGGCUGUCACAGGAGAGGAGAGUCAACGGAAGUUUCCAGCUGUUCAGGGGACUGAGGGAGCAGCUGUAGCAGGAAAAAAGAGUCAACGCAAGUCUUCAGUUGACAAGGGGACAAAGCAAUCAACUGUAGCAGAGAAAAUGAGUCAACGCAAGUCUUUACUGGUCAAAGGGCCGAAGCAAGGAAUAGCUGCAGUAGACACGAGGAAACACAAGUCGAUAGUGCUUAAAAGAACCCAGCUGAAGAUCCUGGCACCGAGGCAAACCGCAGGGACAAAAGCAACGAUCGGUGGUGGGGAUAAGAGCGCUGCCGCUGCUGCUGCCACUGUUUCUGGAAAUGAAAACCGUGGGGAUGGUGGCACUGGAAUUCAAGGGGUUGGUGGUGGUGGCUAUAACAUGAGUGAUGAUGGUGGUGCUGAGGGGUCUGGUUCCAUUCGCUACAAGAACGUUGCAGCUCUAGGGGCGAAGGUGGGAGGUGACAGUAUCGAAAGGGUGAUGCGGCAGGCGCGGCAGCAUGUGAGGCCGCGAUCCAGCCGAGUCACUCGCAGAUUGGCCCUCUCGGGGUCCCCAGAAGGGGGAUUCUUAGAGCAGCAGCAGCAGCAACAGCAGCAGGAGGAGGGGGAGGGGGAGGAGGAGCAGGCACGGCAGCAUGUGAGGCCGCGGUCCAGCCAGGUCACUCGCAGAUUGGCCCUCUCACCUUCCCCAGGGCGCCUCUCGGGGUCCCCAGAAGGGGGAUUCUUAGAGCAGCAGCAGCAGCAGGAGGAGGAGGAGAAGGAGAAGGAGAAGGAGAAGGAGAAGGAGAAGGAGAAGGAGCAGCAGCAGCAGCAGCAGCAGCAGCAGCAGCAGCAGCAGCAGCAGCUGUAUCAUGCCGUGGAGUAUCAGAGCAGCGAGUCACUUCUGGGGCCUCAUCGGUUAGUGGUGCUGCAGAACGAGUGGAGGCUAGAGCCAGAGUCACGCUCGUUACAAUCACACCCGGUAGAGUCACACCGGUGUGAGUCACAGGCUGAGGCCGACGGUGACUCGAGUGAUCCUCCUCCUGCCCCGAGUCUGCUGGAAGUUCUGGCUGUUGCUGCUGCUGAGAGUGAGAGGGCUGAUGGGGACAGCAGUGGCAGAUACGACUCCCUUGGGUCUGAGAUGCAUUCUCAGGAUUCCCCGAUGCUGGCGCUGCUGUCCCUGGCGAACCUAGCUCACACCACUGCUGAUACUGCCGAACCUGCGGUUCCUGCCGGACCUGCGUUUCUUGCCGGACCUACACCUCCUCAGAAGCUGGCUCCGAUCCUGGAAUCCGCUUCUCCUGCCGAGCCUGCUGUCUCCGCACCUCCACCCGAGCCCACUCAGGGAGUGAAGGAGGGGGAGGGAACGAGGGGGAGAGAGGGGGGGAGAGAGGAGGGGGAGAGAUGGGGAGGGAGAAGAAAAGAGGGGGAAGUUGGGUCGGGGGUGCUGGAGGAGUUACCAGUGCUGCAGGGCGUGUUCGAGCUUCCGAGACCAGAGAUUGCAACUUUUGAGCUAACACCGGAGAAAAACGGGAGGCGUGCUGGUUCGGAUGCUGAGGAGGAUGAUGCUGAUGAAGAUGUUGAUCCUUGGAGCUUGGAUCUGCUGCCGUGUGGUGACGUGGCAGGCGUAGCUGACGUGGCAGGUGCAGGUGGUGUUGCAGAUGUUGCUGACGAGGCAGGUGCAGGCGACGUGGCAAAUAGUGGAGUAGGGACAGGAAACGAAGUCACCAGGGGAGGAGGAAGAGAUGGGAGUAAGGCGAAGGAUAGGGGAGAAGGGGAAGUUGCAGCAGCAGUGGGGGCCUGUGAUGCACAUGCAAGGGAUUCAGACAAUGUAAGGGAUGAGGAUCUGAGUGGUAAAGGUAUGACUGGUGAAGGUUCUAGUGACAAAGGUUCGAGAGGUGAGAGUGCACGUGAGGAGAUUUAUAACGGGGAAAGUGCUAAUAGUGAGGUCAAGAGUGGUGCGGAUAUGAACGGUGGGGAUUCUCCUAUUGAUCUUGCAUCUGAUACAACUGAAAGGAGUGCCGAAGCUGCUGUUGCUGCUGGUGAUGAAGGUUCAACUGGUGAAGUUACAGCAACGGCUGGAGUUACUGCAGCCAGUGCUGAUGAGCCACCUGGCGUGCAACAGUUGGUGACCAAGGAACAGCCAAAUCUGCUGACGUAUUCAAGGAAGAAGGCAGGGGGUGGUGCGAGUGCAAGUCAAGAGGGGCUCGGUGUUGAUGUGAGAUCGAAAGGGGGAGAAGAGGGAGUGAGAGACGGAGGGGGCAAUGUACCUGCGUCAGCAAGUGGGGCAGGUGCAUCUGGGACAGGUGUAUCUGUAGCAGCAGGGAAGGCAGGUGUAUCGGUAGCAAAAGAGAAGGCGGGUGCAUCCGUUGCAGCAGAAAAGGGAGGUGUAUCUGCAGCUGUGGGAAAGGCAGCAGCUGCAGGUAAGAAGCCAUCUUCAGCCCCGCUGACCCCCCAAAAGGCAUCUCCUUUCACGACUGUCUCACCUUCAGCUUUUGUCUCUCGCCGCUCCACCGCUGCCUCCAUUGCCGCGUCCGUCGGUGCUGCGGCCUUCAACCGGAGGUUUGUGGCACAGCAGCUUUACACUCGUUCCUCCUCAGGCUUCUCGCUUCGUCGUUCAGGUGUGAGGGCGGCCCGUGGUGUGAAGAGCCUGCAGUGGAGCAAGGAGCAGCAGGAGCAGGAGAAGAAGGCGAGAGAGGAGGCCACGAAGGCAGCAGCAGAAGCUUCCAGGAAGCAGCGGCAGCGCAAAGAGGCAGUGGAGAGAGCAAAGAAGGCGAUUGCGAGGAGCCAGGCGGAGCAGCGGGCCAAGAGACGGGCAGAAAAAGAGCGCAUCCGGGCAGAGAACGCAAAAGUUAAAGCCGCCCACAUGGCUGCUAGGGCGGUGGCGAAAAAAGCUGGUGCUGCUAUUCUGGCAGCGAGGCGGCAGCAGACCACGGUGUUCCAGGGGUCCUCCGUGUAUCGACUGGCAGCCAAGGGCCGAUCUCUUGUGCGCCUGAGCACAGGUGGUUCAGCCAAGGACAAGUCGCCACGUGGCAAGGCACACGCACACCUGCCGGUGCCUCUCACUGCUGCACUAGCAGCCACCAGCUACCGGCGUGUGGGCAGGCAGGGCAACCAGCUGGUGCGGGAUUCCAAGGCUGCCAUGCGAACCGCUGCUGGGGCUCGAGUGCGCUACAGCCUUCAAAACGCGCGCUACAGGCGGCAAAAGCAGCAGCAGCAGCAGCAGCAGCAGCUGUGCCAAUAUUUUACCCGGUUGGGGCAGUGCAGCAAGAAGGACUGUCGAUUUCUGCAUGACGCCAGCAAAGUGGCGCUAUGUGUGCGGUUUAUGAGAGGGAUGGAGUGUGACGAGUCUCGAUGCAAGCUCACGCACAAGAUGAUUCCCGAGCGAAUGCCUGACUGUACCUUCUUUGCCAAGGGCACGUGCAGCAACAAGCCGUGCGUGUAUCGCCAUGUAAAGCUGCCUCCAGGAACACCCGUGUGCUCUGCCUUUCUCAGAGGAUAUUGCGCGAAAGGGCUGACGUGCAUGCAGCAGCACACGUAUGAGUGUCCCGAGUUCGCUUCUAAAGGGGAUUGUGCUGCGGGGAAGAAGUGCAGGCUUUGGCACAGGAAGAAGGCAGAGGAGGGGAGUGGUAAGGUGGGGAAGAAGAGGAAGAAAAGGUAUUGGGAAGAGGAGGAGGGGGAGGAGGAAGAGGGGGAGGAGGGGGACGAGGAAAAGGGUGGCAAGAGAAAACGAGUGCAGCAGGGGGGGGGGAGCGAGGGGAAGGGGGAAAAAGAAGGGAGGAGGAAAGAGAAGGGAGGACAGAAGAGGAGGGUUGGGAGGAAGAAAGGGAAAAACGUUCUGAAGUUUUUUGGUGGUGAUAGUGAGGAGAGUGAGGAGGGGAGUGAGGAGGAAAAUGAGGAGGAGAGUAUGGAGGAGAGUGAGGAGGGGAGUGAGGAGGAGAGAGGGGUGGAGAAUGAGGAGAUAGAAGAGGAGAGUGUGGGGGAGGAGGAAGAGGAGACGUUGGAUGAAGAAGAGAAACAGAAGGUAGGGAAGGGUAAAGGGAAAAGCAUUUUGAAGCUUUUUGGUGGUGAUAAGAGGGAAGUGAUUGAGUUGGAGGAAGCAGAGGAGAGUGUGGAGGAGAAGGAAGAGGGGAGUGAGAAGGAGAAAGAGGUGAGGGUGGAGGAGAAAGAGCAGGGGAGUGGGGAGGAUAAAGAAGAGGUGAGUGAGGAGGAGAAAGAGGAGGGGAGUGAGGAGGAAGGAAAGAAAGGCAAGGAUGCGAAGCGUAGGAGAAGGUCUGUUUUAAGGUCUUUGGUGGGGAGAGUGAGGAGGAAGAUGAAGAGGAGAGAGAAGAGGAGAGGGGAGGAUGAGAGGGAGGAGAAUGAAGGGGAAGAAGCGGGUGAGGAGAGAGAGGGGAGUGAGGAGGAAGAUGAGAUGUUGAAGGAGAGAGGGAGGGAGGGCAGUGAAGAGAGGGUGGGGGGGGAGAGUGAGGGGGAGGGGGAAGUAGAGAGGAGAGGGGGAGAAGGAGGAGGGAAAGGGAAGAGGAGAAGGAGGAGAGGGAAGAUGAGAGGGAAGAGAGGAGGGGUAGAGAGGGAAGAAAGAAGGAAGGGGAAUAAAGGAUGA